AUGGAUUCUUCGAAGGGUGCGUCAGUGGAAAACAGGGAAUCUCCCAAUAACGCUACCCUAAAGGUCGACUCGGAGCCUCGCAUCGAGCUCGACCCAUCGGACGACAGCCAUCGAACUUCGAAAUGGGAGAUAUGGGCUUACUAUUCUUACUACAUCGGCAAUAAUGGACUCUCCUUAUUCAAUUUUGGCCCCACGGCCUUCCAAAACCUGCUUUCCCAAGCCGCAGGAGACAAAGGCGUUCUCGAAUUCGCGGGGAGAGAGCGUUCAAUUAACAGCAUCGUCCUCCUCAGCAACGGCAUAUCAUUCGCCAUCCAGGUAGUCAUCUUCCUUGUCGUCGGUAGCUUCGCCGACUUCGGCACCUGGCGACCAACGAUCCUCAUCACGCUUUCUGCAGUAGCGUAUGGGAUCGGCUUCGGCUGGCUCGGCGUGCACACGGAAGACAAAUGGCGCGUCGGUGUUGGCUUGUACAUCGUAGGACUGAUCGCCUACCAGACGACGCUGACAUUCUGGACUGCGGCUUUUCCGGGGCUGGCGCGAAAUACGCAGACGAUGAAGGAGAGAUCGGACCAGUACCGCGCCGGGGAGAUAUCGCGUGAGGAGUACGAGUAUGCUGAUACUAUGGAGCGCAGCCGGCUGGCCAAUACGGCGUUCUACGUGCAGUCGGUUGCUGAGAUCGUUAUUCUGGCGAUCAUUGUUGGGAUUAUGUUUGGCUUGCGGGUGGAUGCUAGCGAGGCGAACAAUAAUUGGGGACUGAGUGUCUUGAUUGCGUUCGCUACUGGUGUUUGGGUGCUGGUCUCGCUGCCUUGGUUCUUCUUGGAGAAGCGGAGGGCGGGGCAGGAUCCUGGCCCUCGAGGGAUUGUUGUUGCUGGCUUGUGGCAGAUUUAUCAUGCUGCGAGGCAGAUUUGGCAAUUGAAACAGAGCUUGCUUUACCUUGUUGGAUACUUCCUUCUGGGUGACUCGUUGAACACGACCGUGACAGUGGUUUCUACCCUCCAAAACAGCGUCGUCUCCUACAGCACGCUGCAUCUCACCUAUCUACUGAUAGUGGGAAUUGCCGCGCAGGCCAUAGGAAUAUACACCUUCUGGUACAUCCAACAGCGCUUCAAACUAACCACAAAGACAAUGUUCAACACCAUCGCAGUAGCAAUCAUCCUCCUCGACGGCUGGGGCAUGAUCGGCAUCUGGACGCCCAAAUUCGGCUUCCACAACGAGUGGGAAUUCUGGCUCUACCAGGCCUUCUACGGCCUCUUCGUCUGCCCCUGGUACAGCUACUCGCAGAUCAUGAUCUCGGAGGUGACCCCCCGCGGGCACGACUUCUUGUUCUUCAGCUUGUUUAGCAUUAUUGGGAAGACGUCGUCGUUUAUUGGGCCGCUGAUUUCGAGUGCGAUUAUAGAUGCGUCGCCUGAGGGGAAUAGUUCGACGCCGUUUUAUUUUCUGUUUGCGUUGAGUGUGGUUAGUUUUGGGGUGCUGGCGGUGGGGUUGGAUUUGGAGAAGAGUCGGGGGGAGCAGAGGGCCUUUUUGGAGGGGAAAUCGCGGGAGACUGCUUCUGUUGGGAGUUGA